GGGCAGCGCCUCGUGCCGCUAUGGGGGUGACUCGCGAAGCGGGCUUGUCCCCUCAGGCGUCGCCGCAGGAGCAGGACCCGUGCGGGGGCGGCCCGGCUGCCUGGAGCGGGAAGGACCAGAUCCCCCCGGGGAACCAGCCCUUGGGAUGCCCGGCCGCCCCCAGCGGAACAGAAACUGGCUUUUGUAGAAUACCAGUAAAAACAGAGCCUACUUCCAGUACCUGCAUGGAGAAAAUGAAGAUUGGAAAGACUGAUGAUAUGACRAACUUCAUGGAUGAUUUAACUCUCAGCUCUCCUAAGAAGAGAGAUUCCUGCGUAAGGUCCAAAACAAGUUGCAACAGGUCGUCAACAAGGUCAUCCAGCAGAUCGUCUCGCAGCUCACAGUCCAGUUCAAGUAGUUCCUCUUCAGCUUCCUCACGGAGCUGGAGCCGGUCUCGGUCCAGAUCAAGAUCCUGGGGUAGAAGAAAUGGUACCCGAAGGUACAGAAGAAAUUCUCGAUCGUAUUCCAGAAGCCGGUCGCGAUCCAGGGGCUACGUGAGGUACCGAGGCCGGUACCGCACCGUGCGCUACAGGAGGUACUACCGCUCUCCUCCAAGGUACAGAUCACGCAGCAGGUCGUGGUCUCGUGGCAGACCAUAUUACAGGAGGUCCUAUUCGAGGAGCAGGUCGCGUUCAAGGGGCCGAAGAUACUACGGAUUUGGGCGGACAGUGUAUCCUGAGGCUUACAGGAGCUGGAGGAGCAGAUCGCGAACAAGAUCUCGUAGUAGGUCGCCUCUGCACUUGAGCGAAAAAGAGAAGAGGGAACUCCUGGAAAUCGCAAAAGCUAAUGCAGCAAAAGCUCUGGGGACAGAUAACGUGGUCUUGCCAGCAAGCUUGAAGGUCGUCAGUCCUUCCAAAGAGACAAACAGUGGAAAGCCAAAACAUGAAAAUCUUGGAGAGUCGACUCAGCAACUGGGAAGACUGACAGAAGAUGUAACCAAAAGUGGAAUGGAGAGAACUACCCCCCAGAGAAGCAUUUCUUUCAGCCCCAAUAAUAUAAUGGCCAAACCAAUAUUGCAGAAGCCAGCGGGCCAUGCAACUAAAGAGACGGGGAUUUCUCCAGGAAGAGAUGAUGACAAAAAGGGAAGUCCCUAUGGGCAGUGGGUUCCUAUCAAGAAAGAGGAGAACAAGUUUUUAAACUUCUCGCCUAAAAGUGCACCGUUCCGGGCACGCUAGCAUAUUUCUGCUGUCUCUCAAAGACUGCGUAUUAUACAUGCUUCAGUAGUGARGUCUGAAGUUUUCUGAUCAGGUUGAAAAUUGGUUAAUACUGAGUAUUUAUUUUGAGAUAUUUAAUUUCAUAAUCUUAGAUUUCUCUUUCAGAUAUAGAGCACAGUGACCCAGAAGCCACAGGUGGGAAUCUUGUAUAAAAUUGUAAAUAUUUUUGUAUUGAUUUAAUGGACUAGAACUUUCAGGUGGGUAAAUUUUCUAAACAAUAGUAUAGUAGCUCUUAUUUUGAACAUUUGAAUUGUUUAACUGUUUAUGCAAGGAAAAUAAAUUCUAGUUUUGCACUGGCUUCUCUGUGUCAAGUAUUAGACCUGUCUGCAAUAACAGAUUCACAUACCCUGUUUGUAGUUCCUGUAGAAGUGACUUACUGCAGUUUUAGCUUUCAGUUAGUCACCAUACUAUUAAGGCAAAGUGCGAUGGAAGGUAACUUUUACAUCCACUUGAAAGUGACUAUUGAAAAUAGUAACAGUAGAGACUGGGGAUAGUUCAGGACCUCCAGAGGAGCUUCCCUAACCACCAUCAAAAGGGGAAAGUUCUGGUAUUAUUUCCUGGCUGCCAUGGGCAAAUCCA